AUGAUUUGGUUAUCAGAAAGACAAAGUACGUACUAUACAUUCCCCACCCAUCCGUUUGUUGUUGCAAUUCACUAACAAAAGCUUUUCCCCUCCCUCAGAAUUUGGUGUUGGUUUCACAGCAAGUGGAAUAUUCUUCUUUUUAUUUGGAAUAAUGACAUUUUUUGACUCGGGCUUCUUAGCACUCGGCAACCUUUUAUUUAUAAUUGGCCUCGUGCUAAUCAUUGGGCCUCAGCGGACUGUGGCGUUCUUCACAAGGCCCACGAAGAUUCGAGGUACGGUAUGCUUUGCCUUGGGCAUACUUUUGAUUUUGCUCAAGUGGUCAUUUUUCGGGUUCAUUUUGGAAAGUUUUGGCAUAUUGGGUUUAUUUGGCGAUUUCUUUGGUACUAUUGUCCAGUUUUUAAGAAGCAUACCGUAUAUUGGAGACUUGUUGAACCAUCCUAUUGUUGCUCCUACUAUUGACCGAUUAGCCGGUAUCAAUAACACUUUGCCUGUGUGA